UUAUUGUGAUGUCAUUCUCCACGUCUGUGCUACAUUGAAAUGAUUCCGGCGGAAGUUUAGUGGUGAGGCCCUGUCCACAAAGAAAUGGCGAGUGGAGUAGGGAAACACAAGAGGCUGUCCGUUGGCCCGACGGAGCCGUGGUCAUUGAGGGAGAAACUAUGCCUAGCCUCCUCUGUUAUGAGGAGCGGAGACCAAAACUGGGUGUCAGUCAGCAGAGCCAUCAAGCCUUUCUCAGAGCCAGGCCGCCCUCCAGACUGGUUCUCCCAGAAGCACUGUGCCUCUCAGUAUUCUGAACUGCUGGAGACCACAGAGGCUCCAAAGCGUAAGCGUGGAGAGAAGGGUGAGGUGGUGGAGACCAUUGAGGAUGUGAUCGUACGGAGACUCACCGCCGAGAGGAUAGAGGAGCUGAAAAAACUACUGAGAGACACACAGGACAAAUACAGAAAGCUGAAGAAGGAGGUGGAUCUGAUCCAGACAGGACAUCUGGAUUCACGGCUAGAGGAGCUGUGGACAGACAUAACACAGAAAAAUAAGCAGGAUGAGGAUGAGGCAGAUCUUAAGAGAAAGGCCACAGAGACAUCAUAUCAGGCUCGCCAAGCGGUUAAGAACACGCCCAAGCGGGUGUCCAGUGUCACUAUACGCUCCCCUCUGGGUGCCAGUCCCACGAGCAUGGAGGGCGCACAGACAGACACCCCCACACCCCCAAUAGAUACAGCCAUGCCCCAGGCAGAGGAGACCCUUGGUGCCAAUUUGUCCCAGGGGGGAGCCGUGUUCCUACCGUCAUCGGAUGCUCCAAUAGCGGGGCCUAAGGAGGGAAGCCUGGGGUCUCUGGUCGACGACUCCCCACAGAAGAGGCUCCUCAGUCAGAAGUCCACGCCGCCUCCCUCCCCUCUCCUUUCAGAGCUACUGAAGAAAGGAAGCCUGAUCUCUGCUAGCCCCAGACUGGUAGUGGAGGGGGAAGCUGCUGCUGCAGGACUGGCUAACGGAGGAGUUCCUACUACAACCCCCACUAUCACAGCAGACUUUGAGGUCGCCAGCGCAGUCAAAGAGGCAGGCUCAGAGAUGGUGGAGGAGGACCAUGUACCUGGUUCCUACAUGGGGGAUGAGCUGGACCUGGAGACAGUGGGAGAUAUCAUCUCCAUCAUAGAGGAGAAGGUGGAUGACUCUGUGGAGGCUCUAGAUGCUGCAGCAGUGGAGGCUGCUCUCUCUCUCUGUGAGGAAGCUGUUUCUGCUGGCCACUCCCUCUCAGGCCCAUGGGAGGCCCAGGACUUAAAGUCCUCAGAGCCUGGUCCUAUGGUUCAGUCUUACCCCACACAUGGGCUUCAGGCUGCGGCUGGAGCUAACCCUGGGAGCCUGGAGCCACAGACAGAGAGUGGAAGGGGGGAAGCCGAAGAGGGGAACGGGAAGGACUGUGAGAGACAAGAAACAGUGCAGACAAAUGUGGCCCCUUCUGUUGUCGCUGAUGAUGGCCUGGCAGGAAGUGAGGUCACUGAGGAGGGAGUUCUGGGGGAGGAAGGAGCCCUGAGCACAGCUGUGAAGACUGAAAAUGAGGAGUGGACCCAGCCAGAACUAAACACACCCUGCCUAGACUCAGAAGACAGCUCUGGAUCAGGGAAAGAGUCCAAGGAAGUGAAGGAUGAGGAUGGAGGGAGCGACGGAGAUCCUGAUGAAGGAAUGGAGAUGAAGGAAUGUGGAGAGGGGGAGGGGCCCUACCUAUCAGAAGUAGAACCGGCAGCCAGUGAGAGCGAGGACGGCUAUGGCCCCUCUUCCCAACGCUACACCACAGCUGAUUCGCUAGCCAGCAGCCCCGCCUCUUCCCAGUUUUCAAUAUGUGGGGAGGAUCAGGAGGCCGUUCAGGCUCAGAAGAUCUGGAAGAAAGCCAUUAUGCUGGUGUGGAGAGCAGCAGCCAAUCACAGGUACGCCAGUGUGUUCCUUCAGUCUGUGUCUGAAGACAUUGCUCCUGGUUACCACAGCAUUGUACACAGACCCAUGGAUCUGUCAGCCAUCAAGAAGAGUAUCGAGGCGGGUCAGAUCCGUACGACAGCAGAGUUCCAGCGUGACAUCAUGCUGAUGUUCCAGAACGCGGUGAUGUACAACAGCUCUGACCACGACGUUUUCCACAUGGCUCUGGAGAUGCAGAGAGAUGUUCUAGAACAUGUGCAGCAAUUCCUGGCCACUCAGCUCAUCAUGCAGACCUCAGAGUCCUCCAUCUCCACCAAGAGCCUCAGAGGCCGCGAGGGGGGCCGCAAGCCAGGGGAGUCUGUGGAGAAGGACAGUGUCCCAAUGGCCUCUCCCGCUUUCCUUCUCUCUCUCUUUGACGGGGGCACCAGAGGGCGCCGCUGUGCUAUUGAAGCAGACAUGAAGAUGAAGAAAUAACCAGAGUCAAAAGGCAGUAGGACAAUAGAUUGCCAACAGGCCAUAGGGCUGGAGGUUUAAAGAGAGACUUGAUACAGGGCUGCAGUCCUCUGAUAUUCUCCUCUCCAGGCCAUUUCUGAUUGAUCAUUGUGUACCAUAGUUGUGUACAGUUUAAUUAACUAACUUAAGUCUAUGAUUGUAUUUAAAGCCAGUACACUAGAUAUCCAGACAUCAUAUGAUUCUCAUUGAUAUUUGCCACUGGUAAUCAGCAGACACUGCAGCCCUGGAGGACUGACUCUGUUUUACAACUGCAGUAGUACUAAAGUACUAGUGACUGAC